UUAAGAAAAUACAAAUUGUAAGUACACAAAAUGAAAGGCUCAGUUUUUCUGAAAAACAAAACAUUGAAGUUCAUCAAUUAAUUAAAAAAAAAAGAGAAAAAGAAAAAGAAAAAGAAAAAUGGAGCUAGCUUCACCAUGUUGUUCUAAUUUUCCUUCAAUAAUCAGCAUCAACAAAUCCAAGUUCUCUAUGUUGUGUCGUCGUUUAAGCUUGCCUUCAUCAUCUUCUUCUUCAUUGCUUCUAACCUCUAAAAGAUGCAAUUCAGCAUCCAAGAAACGCGUCGUACCAUCUUUCAUACAAAAGAAGACAUCAAGCUCAGUAGUAUGUUGCAGCCAACUUAAGGUGGAAGAUGACAUAGAUAAUGCAGAGGCAUGCGAGUUGGUGAAUGGAGCAGAACUUGAAAUAGGAGAUGGCAACGAUACAAUUCGUGCCUCUCUCUUCCAGGCCGUCAAGAACAACAAUGGAGCUGGCAUUCUACUCUUGACAGACAUAUUUGGCUUUGAGGAUUCUUACACCAGAGAUUUUGCCUAUCGCGUUGCUUGCAACGGCUACAAUGUAUUAGUGCCUGAUCUUUUCCGUGGUGAUCCAUGGUCCAAGGACCAAUCACAAGCUCAAUUGGAGCAGUGGCUAGCCAAACAUGAUCCCAGCAGGAUAGCAGCAGACAUUGCAACAGCAACCAAAUGGAUGGUCGAUGAGUUUAUGGCAGCUGAUUCUUCUAGAAAGCUUGGCAUAAUAGGAUUCUGUUAUGGAGGUGGCCGAGUACUAGACGUGCUAGCCAGAGACCAAGACUCUGUUUUUGACACUGGUGUUUCUUUCUAUGGAACACGAAUGAAUUUAUCUACUGCUUCCAAUGUGAAGGUACCAGUUCUGUUUGUAACAGGAGAUAAUGACCCUCUUUGUCAGGUUAGCAUCCUCAAUGAAUUUGGGAACGUAAUCGGGAACAACUCAAAGGUAAUUGUUUUUGAAGGUAGAGGACAUGGAUUUGUCCACAGACCAGAAACUCCAGAAGAAGAUGCAGACGCAGAGGAAGCUUUCAUGAUCAUGAGAAAUUGGCUACAAAAUCAGUUGCUAGAAUAGGUCUGAGUUGUCUACUGUUUAAAUAGUUGCGUUGAGCUAUCUGACGGUGUCAAUGAAGUAAAAGAAUACAUCGACCCAAGGGUUCUAUGAACCCUAAAAGGCAGCACCAUGUACUUGGAUCUCCAAACGAAUAAGAAAUGCCUGUCAACUAGAAAGAUUUUAUUUUAUGUGCUGAGCACAUUAGCUAUAGAAUUUAUUUUUUCUUUC